AUGAUAUUAACAGAUGAUGAUAAUGAUGAGGAAGAGGAACAGAGAGACGAGGAGGAGGAAAAAGAGAAAGAGAAAGUGAAAGAGGAGGAAGAGAAUGAAGAAGUGGAAGAUAUUAUUAUUAUUGGAAAUAUUAUUGGUGAAGAUGAUGAUCUAUCAAAUUUAAUUGGACAUGAUAUUUUCACCGAUAGUUGGGAGCAGGAUAUUGAAGUGGAUCCUGAUGAUCCAGCACUAACAAAAGAACAAUAUACCACUUUAUUAUUGAUGAUAAAAUGUCGAAAAUUAAUAUAUUUAAUAAAAAAAUCUUCAAUUUUUACUAGCUGCACAGUGUUUUCGAUCCCAACUGUUUUUUUAGCUUUAUCAGAUGCUGAUAAACGAGCUAUAGAACACGAGAUAAAAGAAAUGUUAAAAAAUGAUGAUUUAAGUUUCGAUAAUUUAUCAUUAACAUUAGCAACAUCACAAUCUACAUUUAGUUUAUCUAAUACAGCUGCCACCACAAUCUCUUUUAUAAGUACAUUAUCAAUAUCUGGACUCCGAUUCGUCCUAUAUUUCCUAUAA